UGAAUCUUGAAAUAUCAGGUGUAUUUUUCUUUGUGUUCUGAACAUGUUAUAUUUCAUGACUAUAUGAAUUAUUAUGAGUGACAUCCAUGUCAGGAAACCCAUCAGCAACGUGGUGGAGGCCUUCCUGGGAGAGUGAACGCUGUGGCAACGUUGAAACAACCAAAAGGAAACGCUAGAAGCAAAGUAACAGAAGUGGCAGCCGAUUGAAGAGACUCUGGGCGACCUCCAGCCGGGUCGCCGACGGCAACGCUGCGGUGGAUGCGCGUGGACUGUCCGCGCCGUUGGGACCGGUUCUGCGUGACCUCCAUCCUCCAGGUCAGGGAGGAUAAUCUCCACUGCUGAUGCACCCUUGGCAGCUGCGGCCAAUUCCAAACCGAAACCUCAACCUACUUGUUGAACAUAAUCUACCCAACGAAAUUGCAGUUUCACUCUCAGGUUUUUCGCCCGUGAGAGAAAGAAGGCUCUGUUCAGGACCAAAUGCCAGAACCAAUGGCAGGAUUGUACAGUACCGGCUCCUCGGCGGGUCAGAAUCCAUCUUAUCAAGUUAAAUGGCAGCCGAGCAGUGUAAGGCACAAUCGCCGACUGUUCCAGGAGUGCGAAUCAACAAGAGGCUGGCAGGCCAAGUCAAAGAGAUCUGUCAAGCACAGCGGCCUGACGCACGAGGCCCACGCGCGGGACGUGGAGCAGGUGUACCUGCGCUGCUCCCAGGGCUCCCUGGAGUGGCUGUACCCCACGGGCGCCAUCAUCGUCAACCUGCGCCCCAACACGGCGUCCCCGGCGGCCCGGCGCCUGACCGUGUGCAUCAAGCCCGCGGUCGGGUCGCGCGGCUCCAACGUCUACCUGGACAGAGCCAGCCGGCUCCGGCUGCUGCUCACCGAGGCCCAGCAGGCCCUGGGCCAGGUGCACUGCUUCGGCAUCCAGGAGGGGGCGCUGUUCAUCGAGGCCAUCCCCUACCGCGACAUCAGCCGAAAGAUCACUGCCUUCCAGUACGAGCUGGUCAGUGCCCAGCAAGGUCCAUCCACAGGCCCCCCCUGCCAGCCCUGCAGUGAUGAGGAGGUCCUCAUGGCUGUCUGCACCAGCGAUUUCGUGGCCAGAGGCAGUGUUCGGGGGGCGGAGGAGGGGGCGGGGCAGUCGUCCGUUGCCGUGACGCUGAGCUGGCUGUACAGGGAGAAGAGCCGCGUGUUCGUGGCGGGCGGCGGCCGGGCGCGGCGCUGGACCGGGCAGGUGAAGACGCCUCCGCGGUGCGGGGCGAAUUUCGCGCGGGGCCACGCCGAGGGCGAGGAGUUCCUCCUGACCGGGACGAUACGUUUCGGGGAGGCGUGGCUGGGGUGCGCCCCGCGGUACGCGGACUUCCUGAAGGUGUACAGGACAGCGCAGGCGCGGGGGACCAACCCGUGCCACAUGGAUAUGGACUGAGCCCGGGCCUCCCAGGCGGGGCCGAAAAUGAGGCAGAGCACCAGGUGCUGGCCUGUGGAGGGCAGAGCCCAAGCCUUCCGCCGGAGGACUCACUGGCUACUCUCUCUUUCACGCACACAUUCUGAAGCUGCCGUCCACACACCCUGGGACUCUUAAUGCUGCUGUUCCUUUGGAGAGGAGCAGUGUGCGAGUGUGUGUGUGUGUGUGUGCCUUAGAGAGUGUGAGGUGGAAAUAGGGCGAGACUGAGAGAGCAAGACGGAGAUAGAGAGAGAGAGAGAGAGAGAGAGAGAGAGAGAGAGAGAGAGAGAAAGAGAAAGAGAGACGGAGACAGAGAGAGAGAGAGAGAGAGACGGAGACAGAGAGAGAGAGAGAGAGAGAGAUGGAGACAGCUAGAUGGGGAGUGAGCAGACAUGUAUCUGACAGCUUGUGUGUGUGUGUGUGUGUGUGUGUGUGUGUCCUGCGGCACUGCGAAUGAGCAGUAUGUAUGUAAUGUGAGUAGUGUGUUGAGGUGUGUGUUCUGUGUGUGAGUAGUGUGUUGUGGUGUGUGUUCUGUGUGUGAGUAGUGUGUUGAGGUGUGUGUUCGGUGUGUGAGUUGUGUGUUGAGGUGUGUGUUCUGUGCGUG